AUGAGCAGCUUGUCGCUCUCGCAAAUGUUGCGUCCGUAUGCGACCAGGCCCAUGACAGCAAAGGGCGCAGUGUAUGGCCGGUUCUACACAAUCACGCGUAGAAGAUGUGCUCGCGAGUAUUCCAACGAUCCCUCAACUGAGAGGAGUCAAGAUGGCGUGAAGAGUAAAAAGACGCGCCCGCCCGAACCCGGUGCAGCCAAAAAGGCAGAAAAGAUGGCCAAGCAGCAAUGGGAAGAACAAGCUCGUGAAACAGAAAAACGUGUCCAGAAGCUCAAGGAACUCAAUGCGCUGGAAUGGCCUCGCAUCCAGAACCAGACCAACGCCGCGCGCAUGAGUAUACCCGAAUUCCGGAGCAAGUAUAGGGACCUUGCUGCCGGAACGUCUGCGGCGGACGAAGUUCAGCUCCGGGGCAGAGUCCUGGCCACCAGAAAACAUAGCUCCAAACUGGCCUUCUUGGAUAUACAAGGGGAUUUCCAUACGGUCCAGGUCAUGCUCGACUUUGGCCACAUCCAAGCUGCCUCCGGCACCACUGUAGAGCAAUUCAGAGAAAAGCGCUUGACCUUGCUUCGUGGUGACUUUGUCUCAGUAGAAGGUACAGCUAAUGUAACUCCACAAGGCGAGCUCACCCUCAAGGUGAACAAGCUGCCCGACCUCUUGAGCCCAAGUAUAGCCCCUGUUCCGACCAAACUUGUCGAUGAAGAGACAAUGGUUCAGAGUCGCCAUCUCAGCCUCCUGGUCAACCAACAAGUCUCCAAAUCGUUACGCUUCCGCUCAGAACUCAUCUGGUGGCUGAGAAAUUACCUUGUCAAGCGCAAGUUCUUGGAAGUCCAGACACCGAUUCUUGCCGACUACGCAGGUGGCGCCACAGCACGCCCCUUUCUCACGUCGGCCACUGCCUUUUCGCACAGAGACUUGGCUCUGCGAAUUGCCCCCGAGCUGUGGCUCAAGCGCAUGGUUGUAGGAGGAUUUGACCGCAUCUUUGAGAUCGGACCUUCGUUCCGCAAUGAGGGCUUAGAUGCGACACACAACCCCGAAUUCACCAUGUGCGAGUUCUACCAAGCCUAUGCCGACUUGACAUCUUUGAUCGGCCUGACCACGGAUCUCGUGAAGAAUCUGUCUUCGUGGUCCAGAGAAGUUUUGGAAAAGUCCAAGUCGUUGUCUGGGGAGAUUCUCGAUCCCGCAUAUUUCUCGCACUUUGAACAGGUCGAGUUCAUCCCAGCACUCGAGGACGCUCUCAAGAUCAAGAUGCCUGACUUGACUGAUGAGAAUGCUCUUUCAUCUCUUCGUGACGUCCUGCGUACCGAACUUGGCCGCGAAGUUGAGCCGGACGUCUCUCUGAACAAGCUUCUCGACGACCUUGCCAGCGAAUAUCUCGAGCCCAAGUCAGAGGAUAGUCCCCUGUACAUUACCCACCACCCAUCUUGCAUGUCUCCUCUUUCCAAGUCCUUUACAUGCCCCAAGACCGGUCAGCUGGUGUCUGCUCGGGCCGAGCUCUUCAUCAAGGGACGCGAAAUUGCCAACAUGUAUGAGGAGGAGAAUAAUCCCUUUGAGCAGCGACGCAAAUUCGAGCUGCAGGUUCAGGCGCGCAACGCAAAUGAUCCAGACGAAGGCGAGGCCGUCGUGGACGAGAGUUACAUUCAGGCUCUCGAACAUGGCCUGCCCCCGACCGGUGGUUGGGGCUGCGGUAUUGACCGGCUCGUCAUGCUCUUCUCGGGCGCAACCAGGAUCAGCGACACGCUCAGCUUUGGAAGUUUGCGCAAUGUCGUUGCUGCCACACAGGUGUCGAAGCGCUCGUAA